CAGCUGCGGCUAGCAGCCAGCCCUGGGCACUCGGCUUCGGAGGGAGGCAAGUUCCAGGCGGAUCAGGGGCAGAUAGCACUCCCGACAGGCAUGAUGUGCACGCUGCAGGCGGACCAGCGCUGCUAACGGUCGCUUGCCUCCCUUUCCCUGGGCUCUCAUAAGGUUUUGGGGUCCCCUCCCUCAUUUCUAUUAUCUAUUUUCGACGGGCUGUGAUAAGAGAAUCCUGUGGAGGAAAGAUGCCGGGAAGCGACACUGGAAUAGCUGUGGACAGGACCUACUCGGACCCAGAGAGGCACCAAAGGACCAAGACCAGGGUGGAUAGGUCGGAUAUGAACACCCUCAGUUUGCCUCUAAACAUCAGAAGAGGAGGAUCUGAUACUAACCUUAACUUUGAUAUACCAGAUGGCAUUCUAGACUUUCACAAAGCAAAGCUUUCUGUUGACAGCUUGAGACAAAAGAUUCUCAAAGUUACUGAACAGAUAAAAAUUGAACAAACUGCCCGCGAUGGCAAUGUGGCAGAGUACUUAAAACUGGUGAACAGUGCUGAUAAGCAGCAGGCAGGGCGCAUCAAGCAGGUAUUUGAGAAGAAGAACCAGAAGUCUGCUCAUUCAAUAGCGCAACUCCAGAAGAAGCUAGAGCAGUACCAUAAAAAGUUAAGAGAUAUCGAGCAAACCGGAUCCACAAGUAAAAGUUCGAAAGAUGUUUCCAAAGAUGGCCUCAAAGAGCUGCAACACUCUUUAAAGGAUGUGAACAGUGGUUCUCGGACAGCAGCACAAGGGGAAUGCAGUAAAAUGGGUGUGCCUGGUGUAUCAUUGACGCCACCAAUGUUUGUUUUCAACAAGUCAAGGGAGUUUGCAAAUCUGAUUCGUAACAAGUUUGGAAGUGCAGAUAACAUUGCACAUCUUAAAAACAGCCUUGAUGACUUUCAUCCAGAGACCAGUCCCAGGAACUUGAGCGGCAGUGCCACAAUAGUGACAAAGCCCAAAUAUAUAAGUGAUGACGAGUGUUCCAGUGGAACAUCAGGCUCAGCCGAUAGCAACGGAAACCAAAACUUUGACGCUGGCAGGACAAACACUGACAGCCAUGGGAAUAUGUCCAUGUUCUUAGAGGAAUUAAGAGAAAUCCGUGAAGCUCAAACUCAACUUACAGAAGACAUUGAAUCUUUGAAAGUACAAUUCAAAAGAGAGUAUGGUUUUAUUUCACAAACAUUACGAGAAGAGAGAUACAGGUAUGAACGGCUUGAGGACCAGCUCAAUGAUCUCACUGACCUCCACCAACACGAGACAACCAACCUGAAACAGGAUCUGGCAAGCAUUGAAGAAAAGGUUGCCUACCAAGCCUAUGAAAGAUCCCGUGAUAUACAGGAAGCCUUGGAGUCCUGUCAAACUCGAGUCUCUAAACUGGAGCUUCACCAGCAAGAACAACUUGCAGUACAGUCUGAAACCGUGAAUGCCAAAGUACUCCUGGGGAAAUGCAUAAACAUAGUACUUGCCUUAAUUACUGUUGUCCUGGUUUGUGUUUCCACCAUUGCAAAGUUCACAGCACCGAUGAUGAAAAGCCGCUUUCAUAUAGCCUGCACAUUCUUUGCAGUGACUUUGCUAGCGAUACUCUGUAAGAACUGGGACCACAUAGCAUGUGCCAUUGAACGCAUUGUAAUGCCGAAAUAAGCUCUGCAACCUUUGGAUCCGUACGUUCGACAUGUCACAAACUGAAAAAGAAGCCUCAUAUUGACCAGAAUUUGUCAGGAAAUCUACUCCCCGCUCAGUUUCUUGGUAGACUGUUGGAGUUGGUCAUGUGUUCUGGCAUGCUCACCUUUUAUGUUGCCUUAAAGCCACAUAACUAGAUUUCUUAUUGUAAGGCAUGGAAUGUUACAGGAUUCUAUAAAAGGUGGGUUAUCUGUAAAUCAAGAAAUUGAUCUCUCACAACCAUUGUGGGAGUUGAUCCACGGGUGCUGUAGCUUCACCUGCCAUGGGUCUAGUCAACCAAAGCUUUAUUAUGUUCUAUUAAAUCUUACAAAGCUGACCCCUUUGUGCAAUCCA